CUGAGUGUGGAUAGGGACCUGUGGCAAAGAGGUAGGAGAGUUUGUUUGCCCUGAGGACCCCACGCUGGAUUGAUGGCGAGGCCUGGGAAGACCACCAGCCCGCAGCCCUAAGAGGCUUGGAGCUUUUGAAGGGCUUUUAAGUAGGUGAUAGGGUCAGUGUUGGCUCUGUGGAGUGGACUAGAGGCAGGGAAAGAUCAUGGCAAAAGGUGCAAGGAAAAGGUGGCUUGGGUACAGCAGUGGCUGUCAGGGGAGGGGAGGAACAGGUCACUCUGAGACAUUUAGAGGAAGAACUGAUGGGGGUUGAUGGCAGUUUGGAUGUGAGGGGUGAGGGUGUCACUGGGUUAUCUGUAUUAAAGAAUAUAACAGAAUACUUCCCUACACCAAGUCCUUAUAGGUACUUCCCUAGCCUGGCUACUCUGUCCAGGGACUCCUCUGAUUCAGGUGCUCCACCUGCAGAUGCUGCCCAGCCCAGGUACUUCCUGGGCUGUCUCUCCCCAGGUACUUCCCAACUUUGGAGUUCUUCCUCGAGCUCUGCUGCAGGUCCAGGUGGGCCUCCCCACACGCCUUUGAUUCAGGUGCUCCUCCAGCUAUUCCCCUCACCUGGGUGCUCCUCUGGCAGGUUCCCUGCCCAGGUGGCCCUCAUCUGUAACCUUUCCUGACUCAGGAGGUCCUUGCUGGAAUAGUCUCUGGCAUGAUCCUCCCUCUGGGGGCAGUGUGGGCCUUCUGUGGGUGGAGAUGAGUAGAUGGGGUUUGCUGGAAAGCUUGAGGGCAGAGAUGUGGCAGCAGUGGUACGGGGAGCAGAGGUUCAGGGCUGUCCUGGCUGUGUCUGGGGCCCCUAACCUGGGUAGGUAGGAGGGCAUUGGCCUUCUCAUGUGGUCUGCCCUGUGUCUAGGUAGCUCCAAACAACUGCUCUUGUCCAACCUUUGGGAGCCACGAACAGCUUCUGCCUCCAUGUCCCAUCCUUAGCCAAACAGCAUAGCAGACUGGGCUGUGGUGUCAGAGACCUGGGUUCAAAUUCUAGGGCUUUGAUUGAGUUAGUUUUUGGACCUCAGCAUCCUCUUCUGUAAGGUGGAGAUGAUGUUCAUACCUUUAGGAAUGUACAGCCAGUUUCUGCAUACUUGGCUUGUUUCUUCUGUGGACAAGUGAUGUGGUGAGUUGUCCAGGCCCCAGCAUUUGUGCCAUGCCCUAACAUGGCUGUGUGACCUGGAAUAUAUGCUCUCUGUCUAUCCUUGACACCCACACCUCUUUGUAUUUUCCAGGACAGAGGCAUAGGCCUCUGGCAGAGGUUGAGGCUCACUGAUGUCAUCAGGCCCUUCCAUGAAUGGGACAAGCCAAACCCCUGUGGAGCCCUCGAAGCUCCCCGCAGUAAUAUCCACGACCCCUGGACUGGGCACUGGGGGCCGGGCGUGGCCUGUGCUGGUAGGGGUUGUUCUGGGGGCUGUGGUCUUCUCUGUGCUCCUUGCACUUGCUGCCAAAUUCCAUGUCUGCCGCCGCUACUAUGCCAGCUACCGACACCGCCCACUGCCCAGAACAGGAAAUGGGAACCGCCCAGAGGUGGGUGAAGAUGAGGAUGAUGAUGGUUUCAUUGAGGACAAUUACAUUCAGCCUGGGGCCGGUGAGCUGGAGACGGAGGGGAGCAGGGACCGCUUCUCCCUCUGAGCCCUGAUCUUUGGAUCCUCUCUUCCCUCCAUGCCUGGCAGUUUUAAGGACAGCCGAUGCUAAAUAGGAGCCUCAAGCCUCAGGGACAGAGGGGACAAUGACUUAAAUGUUGACCAAGAGUAGCGCCAUUCUCUCCUUCCUGACACUAGCCACCAAAUGACAAUGACCUUCUCUUGCUCAAUAACUCUAAAUGACUCCCUGCUGUACCUGGAAAAAGCCCAAUAACCCUAUGAGUAUGGAGAAAAGGCCCUCUGUGACUGGCCUACGUGGACUUCUUGUUUCCUCUUUUACCUUCCCCUACUUUACUCCCUUCUUAAUUAGGUGAAGUUUUUGCUCAGGUUGUUCCUUAGCCUGGGCUGCCAUACCCUUCUCUAAGUCCCCUCUGAUAGUGCUGAAAAUUCUAGCCCAUAGGCCCUCUAUGGCCUGCUUGCCUACCUGCCAGCAUUGCACAUGUGCCCAGAUGGUGCAUUUGAGCAGGUGAAAUCAGUGCCAAGUUUCCUAAUGAAUAUCUUUCUUAUUAAUAAAGUGGGUGAUCUGGUUGUAAUACAUUGUUUUUCACAGGAAUUAAUAAAUCUAUUUUCAUUUUG